AUGCCCUCCCUUAGGUCUCUCCGCCUCUAUCUCAACCUCCCCCAUCUCCUCCUCCUCUUCACCGCCCUCUACACAACCCUGACAUCUGCCGCCAGCUGCAUCAGCACCAAUGAGAUCAACAUCUGCUGUCCGGGCUCCCUAUUCGGCGGCCUCACCUCCGGCGGCAAUGGCAAACCAACCGCCCACGGCAUCUGCUGCAUAGACCCUUCCACCAUCAGACGCAGAAGCAUCGACGACAGCGACGACAACAUCAUCGUCAUCAACGAAGCGCUCCACCGCCGCCAAGCCGACAGAGUCGACAUCAACCCAACAACAUGCAGCGAGAACCACAUCCUCAUCCCGCUCAGCGCAACUGACUAUUCGCAGAAGGUGUCAUCGGUCAUGGCUUCCAUUAGUAGUGGUGGCAGUGGUGACCCCUCGAGUACAAAUACAGGUACCGCUGCACCGACGGGCGCUGCUACAACCACGGGUGGAGAAUCAUCAAGCGCUGCGGUGACGACGACGGCCACGACAACGACACCGUCGAGUACCGGUGGUAUGCCUGCAGCAACCGGACAGAGAUCGUACGUUGCUGUCAUUGGAGGGGUUGUGGCUGCGGCGGUGCUUGUUGCUGGCGGAUUCACAGAGAGUCCCCCGCAAUUUUCAGGUAACAUUACACAAUCUGACUUCACAAUUAAGCAAACUACAGAUUCAAAACACCAUAAUUUGACAUCAAACACAAACAAAGAUGUGCAUGCAAUCAAUCUGCUCUGUCUGCUCCAAGACCACCUGGCGAGGCUGCGGCCAGCACAUUUCCAGCGUCAUGGACUCCAUCCCCACCGACCAAUGGUGCACCUGCACGCCCAAAACGAAAGUCAGCGAGAAGGAGUAUCCCCCGCGCGCCGGUGA